UGUUAAAUAAAAAGCUGCAAGUAAAAUCAAUUUUACACCCUUACUAUGCAUAUUUAAUUGGGCCUACAAGUUUACGAGUAUGUGGGACAAAUCUCCUUUGUUGCUUUACUAUUUAAACUCAUUGCGUUAAUUUCAUACAAAAAUAAUAUAAAAUAGUCCUUGUUAAUAACUUUGCGUUCAGUGUCAAAACCUACACAAUUUCCAACAAUCUAAAAGACCCUCACUCAAACCGAAAGUCUUAACCCACUGAAAGCGAAGAGCCUAAAAACUGCAUAGAUCAUCGGCAAGAUGAUCUACCUACAGAAUUGCUGCUGCUGCGUGGAUCUGCGCAUCGGUACCAUUAUAAUCGGCAUUUUGCACAUUUUAGCCGAUGUUCUGGGAGGGACUUUUGUGGCAUUAUUUGGGGAGUCUGGCAUUCCCGAUUUGGGCCAUACGCUGUACAUUAUUUUCAUGAUGCUGCACAUUCUGAGCUGCGUCUUCCUGAUCAUCGGCUGCUUUCGGUUAAGAAGCAACUGGAUGCUAUUCUACAUAAUAAUGACUAUGAUCAUGGCAUUGGCCAUGCUAAUACUGAUUGCAUCAGACGUCAUACUAGAGAUUUGGUUCUGGGUCAUGAUCACCUAUGCCUUUAUGUUCUUUAUUUGCCUAUACUUCUGGCUGGUGGCCUACUCCUUCUAUGCCGCCUUGGGAGGAGCUCUGUUCCUCUGAGAUCGCCUGAUCCUGAUCUUAUGCCACCUAGUUGUUGUAUCAAAUUUUACGGUGCUGGUAGUAAUAAAACCUUUGGUUCCCUGACAA